AUGACUCACGAAGAAAUUUCGCCAGCAAUUCUUUACUGGGGCACGCCAGUGGUGUUGAUCAGCACCACGAACCCCGACGAAAGUGCCAACAUAGGCCCAAUGUCAUCAGCCUGGUGGCUUGGGCACGGCUGUAUGCUUGGACUCGACGCUUCUUCCCAGACCACACAGAAUAUGCUUCGCACCAAGCAGUGCGUGUUGAAUCUUGCCUCGGACAACAUGGCAGCGAAUGUCAAUGCAUUGGCUCGAACGACCGGCACCGACCCAGUCCCAUCCUCGAAGCAGGACAGAGGCUAUGAGUUUGUCAAAGACAAGUUUGGGUGCGCCGGGCUCACAUCUCUGCCUUCAAAGAAAGUCGCUCCUCCCGGAAUCAAAGAAUGUCCCGCUGUCAUGGAGGCGGAAGUGGUGGCGGUGCAUGAAAUGUAUGGAGGAAGGGCGGUGCAAGGUCUCGUGCUCGCGAUCGAGGUCAGGAUUCUGCGAGUCAGCAUUCACAAGGAACUCAGACUCAAUGGCUUUCGAAACCGUGUCGAUGCGGACAAGUGGAAGCCGCUGAUCAUGAUGUUUUGUGAUCUAUACGGGUUGAAGGACGGGAAGGUGAAGCAGUCAAGACUUGCAGAGAUCGAGGAGGAAAUGUACAGAGGAUUGACUGAGACGACAGGAGAAACGGACGAUGAUGUGGACGACAAUUUUGGAGAGCAUGUCGUCGGGCUGACUGCUUCGCAACAAUAG